CUUCCGGAUCGAAAAUGUUGAUCAACUCAAAACUGACAAAAACAUAAUUAUUUACCUUUUUAAGAGUAUACAAUAAAUCGGAUUCCCCAUUGAGGCUGUAUGUAAACAAAUUAUUGUUUCUAGAUUUGAGAGGACAGUUUCAAAGUAUGUAGGAUGACUUGCAGAUGUUCUUGUGGUGUAGGAUGUGUGGUGAGGAUUUUCCACUCAGCAUUAGUUCUUGGUGUACCAAUAUCAUUGCUUUUUAUAGAUUCUGCACUGAAGGAAGCAUUGGUAGAAUUUAAAGAUCCAGUUUAUGGUAUUGGCUAUGUUUUGAUUCUGACACUUUCCCUGGUAUUAUACUAUCUAGCAUGCUUUGUAGAACCUUGUUAUGUACAGAAACAAAAGAAAUCAGGAAAUAACAACAUUGCAUAUGAAGACAGUUCAUCAGAGGAUGAAGAAGCACAGAUGAUGAAUAAAGAUAAAGAAAGCCUUUACAGAUACUGUGAUUUUUGUGAAAUGGAGCAACCAAUGAGGAGUAAGCAUUGUGAAGACUGUAAGAAAUGUGUGAGACGGUAUGAUCAUCACUGUCCGUGGUUAGAGACUUGUGUUGGAGAAAGGAAUCAUAAAUAUUUCUGGUUAUUUCUAGCAGUUACUUGUAUACUUAUCCUUUGGACAUUUCUGAUUACAUGGUCAUCGUUUAAGUACCAGUUAACAUGGAAAGAAUGGUUUAAUUCUAAUAUAGUAUUGUUGAUAGACAUGUUUGUGCUAGUGUUUGGAGGAAUGAGUGUGAUUGGUUUAUUCUGUUUCCAUAGUUACUUAAUGAUAAAAGGAUUGACUACAUGGGAAAUGGUAUCAAGGGAGAGAAUUACAUACCUCAAAUAUUUCGACUAUGAUUUUAAUCCUUUUGAUGAAGGAUGCAUAAAGAAUAUAUAUUACUUUCUGACAAGUGACAAAGUGAAAAGAUGGGAAGUGACUUAUGAAAAAAAAGCAAACAUAGGGAAAAGAAAGAAAAAUAUUGUGUAAAACAUUAGUAAACGUAAAAUUCAGAGAGCUGCAUUUCUUUAAAUAUCAUGUUCAAAGAAACAUUUAAUACAAUGUCUCAUCUUUAGAAGAUAGUUUAUUUUUUUACACCCCUGACAUAGCAGAGAUUUUGUGAGUCUUGUCUGCCACAAAAGUCAAAGAAUUUUGUUAUUGGAUUGUCAUUUGUCUUAUGUCUAUUGUCCUUGACUUCAUGUUCAUAUUUCAGUGACUGCUUCAAAAAAAGAUUACUGUUA